AUGGCAAACACCCGCUCGAAAAUGGCCACUCAAGCCAACGAAGCUGCACAGUCGGUGCCAUCGCCGGUCAGACAUAUUCGACCUAGCCGAAUGGUUAAAGCUCCAAGAGCCAAAAAUGAGCAGAAUUCGAAUAAAGACACAAUGGAAAUCGUCGAGAAUUGUCUCCAUGAUAAACGAGAGACGAUAGUUGAAAACGAUUUGUACCCAAUUGAAUUAAUACGAGAUAUUAGUCUGGAAAUCCGGCGGAAUUAUAUAGAUGUCUCUAAACAACUCAACGAGAGUAUUAAAGAAGAACUUCAGAGUGACGUCACGGCACUUAUAAACCAGAAACCCGAGUUCUUCAAAGGCCCCCCUCGACCACCAUUCACAAUUUACCGAAAAAAAGGACGUCAGUCCGAUUCAGACCAUUAUGUGACGCCUGUGUGUCUUCCGUCUACCGACGGCUUCCCAGUCAUGUCCUAUUGGGUUCACGUCGAGAGCAAUAUACGAGGAGAGGAAAGCUUGCGACUAACCCAUAUGCCUUAUUUGGACGAAGAUCAGAAUGAUGAUGAUAUAUGCGAAUCCAUAUUUAAAUUAUUUGAAGAGGGAAUUCACGGAUACUCCGAAAACUGGCGAUAUAUGAAUGAUUGGCUUUUGUACGAAGUGUUCAAUCGCGUUUUUCAAAAAUACCAAAAAGAUCGACGCGAUGAAUUCCUCUUCGCCUUUUAUCAAUUAUUCCCUAACAAAUACUCAAAAUCUCAGCUUCCAUUUGCGUAUGAAGAACUAAUAGAAAAAUGGAGAACUGGUGUGAAGAAGGUCAUAACCGAGGGACUCCAGUUGAACAAGUUUUCAUACCCGCCAUUGGCGGCUCUUGAUCCAAACUCCAUCGAAGAGAUGAACUGCUUACAAUGCAUCACAUUCGAUUGUCCAGCUCAUGGAUUCAAUCCGUUGGCUCCGGAAAGAUUCCAAUCUGGCGCAUGGAUUCGCGCGAUACUCCCACUUCCCUCGAGCAAUUCUAAAAAUGCUGCAAAAUGUGGCGACAAGUGCUAUAAGACACUUGAGCGAAAGAAAGUUUUCGAAAUUCUCGGCAUUGGCGAUAAGCCCGGCGAAAAGCUGGACGUCCAUUUCGAGAAGCAUGAAUUGGUUAGAUGUUCGGAGGAACGCGGAAGCACAUUUAUUACCACAUUUUCGUAUACGGGAGAGACCGCCGUCGAUUUUUGUGAAUUCGUGAAGGCGUUCAACAGCGGCGAAAAGCUCUACACAUGCUUACAAGCUUAUGAGCUGGUUCUGGGCUUCUGCCGAUUCCCGUCCGAGCAGAGACUAUUUGCAGACAAACCCAAGAUAAAAGUGCCCGCCACACAAAUGCAAAGAAUGUUUCGUCAUCAGACGUGGUCGAAUGGUAUUGGAAAGAUCGAAAAUGUCCAUCGGCUGAUUCCAUGCGAUCACGAGGGGCCAUGCGAUAAGCGAAACGUAAAAUGCACAUGUCGCAGGAAUAAAGUUUGCACGAAAUUCUGUGGUUGCGAAGAUACGUGUCGAAUGAAGUUCCCAGGAUGUCGAUGCGCACCAGGACAAUGUCGUACCAAACAAUGCCAAUGCUUUUUUGCCAAAUGGGAAUGUGAUCCAGCAAUUUGUAAAACUUGUAGAUGCGAUUCUGUGAAUAUCAAUGAUAAAUCGGUGUGUCGCAACAUGUCGAUAACUCGCGGAGCCCAAAAGAAAAUCAAGGUGAUGACGUCACAAGUCGCCGGUUGGGGUGCGUUCAUCAUGGAAAACGCCGAGAAGGGCGACUUCAUAUCGGAAUACACGGGUGAAUUGGUGUCGUCGCAAGAAUGCGAGCGACGCGGAAAUAUAUACGACAAAUUCAAAACGAGCUACAUAUUUGCACUCAAUCGCGAGCAGGGAAUCGACGCGAACAAUAUGGGAAAUAUGAUUCGAUUCGCGAAUCACUCUGAUAAGGACAGCAAUUGUUAUGCGAAGAUUAUUCUUGUGAAUGGCGAGCAUCGCAUUGGAAUUUUCGCGCGCAAAGAUUUGAAGUACGGCGAUGAGCUCUUGUUCGAUUACAGCUACAACAUGAAGCAGAAAAUGAUGUAUGUUUCGAACGAUCGAUUCGGCAAGAAGAUGAAGUCAAACGGGAAGAGGAGUGCGAAGAAGGAAAAUGAAAGUGAUGAAGGCUCCGAUGAGGAAAAUGACGAAGAUGAAGAAGAAGAGGAGGAGGAGGAAGAGGAGGAAUUGGAAGAGGAUGAGCUUGAGGAUGAAGAAGAGGAGGAAGAUGAUGAAGAGGAGAAGGAUGUCGACAAGACAACAAAAACAUUAUCCGGUGAGCUCGAUUCUGUGGUUGAAUUUCAAUCGAAAAGUGUAGAAAUUUCUGUUAAAGGAACGGCGAAGCGGCGAAAAAUUGAAGAGACGAAAAGCAGGAGGGCGCGUAAUUGA